UCCAGUGUAUUUUCCAACACGAAAGAAGCACGGCAACAGCUGUUCAACAGUGCUGAUAUCGAUACUUCGAUAAUUUAUAUGCUUCUAACAUUUAAGGAAAACACUGUGUCCGAAAGCGUUAACAUUCAUGUUUCGUGUGCUGCUCGAACUCAAAACAGAAAAAAUUCCAAGCACAACGUCUGGUGGGUGUUUUCGUGUGAGUUGCAGAAACGUUCUGCCAGCGGUUACGUUCGAUUUACUGUUAAUUAUAAUAAUUAAAAAUUAAUCGCGACGAUUGCAUAGUGUAAAGCAAAUACAUAGUUGCACACUCAAAUAUUGCGCACAAAUGGAAUAACAAGAAGACACAAUAAGACAAAUAGUUACAAGCUAACAAAGAGUAAUUUUUGUUGAUAAGAACGACCUGACAGCAAGGAAAGAGAAGUGCAAUUCCUCAACUGCACAACUGUCUUUGCACAACCAAUUUUUAUAUGAAAAAGACUGAACAAAUAUUACACUCAUUCGACAGCCAGAUAUAUAUAUAUAUACAUACACACACACACACUCCAAACACCCAACUUGUAAUUAGAAAUAAAUUCCACCGCUAGAGCGAAAACAGCAACAGACAAAGAACACCGCAAAGAUGUCAUCCCGUUCCAAAGAGAGAGUUGUUACCGCAAUUCGUAAAAUCUUCCACAAGUCCAGCAACAACAACAACAAUAAUAAUAACAACAACAACAAUAAUAAUAAUAAUAAUAACAACAACAACAGCCAUAACAACAACAGCAACGACAAGAGCUGCGAUAAAACCGAUGGACCCGAGCACAGCAACAGCAGCAAGAAUGUCAAUAACAACAACAACAACAACAUUGAUGUCGCCACCGCAGCCAACGGUGGCGCUGCAGCUGGAGCAUCUGGCGAGGCUGCAUCAGCAGCUGCUGCACUAGGAGCCGCCGCAGCUGCUCAGCUGAGUCCCAAGAAUGCCAUCGUGCGCGUUGCCGACGAGCAGCCCGUUUGCGAAUCGCCGGGCAAACGUCGUCGCCAGGAUCACAAAGUGGCUCCCACUGCAGGACGCUCGAUCUUGAUGCUGCCUGAUGCCUCCAUACGCUCGCGCCGCCUGAUGAAGGAGUAUCGCGAAAUGGAACGCCUGCAGGUCAAAAAGGAUGCAGUCUUUACGGUGGAACUAGUCAAUGACAGCCUAUUUGAGUGGCACGUUCGUCUGCAUGUCAUCGAUCCGGACUCGCCGUUGGCCAGCGACAUGGUUGAAAUGAAUGUGCCGGCGAUUCUGUUGCAUUUGAGCUUUCCCGACAAUUUUCCGUUCGCGCCGCCCUUCAUGCGCGUCGUGGAGCCGCGCAUCGAGAAGGGUUACGUGAUGGAGGGUGGCGCCAUUUGCAUGGAGCUGCUCACACCGAGGGGCUGGGCCAGCGCAUAUACCGUGGAGGCGGUCAUCAUGCAGUUUGCAGCCAGCGUAGUCAAGGGUCAGGGUCGCAUCGCGCGCAAACCGAAAAGUACAAAGGAGUUCAGUCGGCGCCAGGCAGAGGAGUCAUUUCGCUCACUGGUCAAAACACACGAGAAGUAUGGCUGGGUAACGCCCGCUUUGGCCGAUGGCUAAAGGAACAGUCCCAACUGAAGAACCCCGCCGCUCGCGACAGCAGCUCAUGCGUUUGCCAACUUAGUCAACUAAAAGAAUGCAACUCGAUUUCCAUUUACAUAUACACCGCUCAUUACAAUACUGCAAGCUAGUUGUAGGAUGCUUAUAUAUGAAUAUUGAUUUGAACUCUCAUUUGAUUUCCUCAAGUAAGAUGUAAGCGAUUUCAAUUGUUGCAAAUGAAUACCAUCCAUGGAGACAAAAGAUGAAUCCACGAAGCGUAACAGGCGUCAACUAACAAAGAAAUUAACUUAAAAUGUAAUUUAGAUGUAGAACACCUAUGGAAGUUGCGCAAAAGCAAAC